ACAAUAUCAUUUUCUGUAGAGCAAAAAAAAAAAAAAAUGUUCACAAUAUCAACAUUCUUCAAAACAACAUCUUCUGUGUUCAAGAGAAGACAGAAACUCGUACAGGUUUGGAGCAACGAGGAAGAGUAAAGGAUGACAGAAUGAUCAUUUGUAGGUGAAUUUUCACUUUGAAACACUUUAACAUAUGUACUGUGGCUGUGACUUGUGUAAUCACACACAGCGCUUGAGGAUCAGGACACACCCUCGUAUCGUAAAGCAUCAUGUGACUAAUAGUUCCCACUCAAAUAGCGACGCUCAGCUCAGAUCACGGCAGUAUCUCGCGCCGCCUCCGCGUUCAUUUGUCAAACUCUAAUCAUUAACUCACAGCAGAGCUUUCCAACACGAGCGGAGGAAGAGUCGAGUCUAAAGCACAGACCAACACGACCGAGCCGAGGUGAGACGCUCCGAUCUUCAUUAUGAAGGAUUCAGGGCCUUUCUGUUUCAAGUGAGACGCUGUGAUUUUGUGCUUUGUGAGUUUGAUGAUUAAUGGUGGUGAUAACGGAGCAGAUAAGCAGGACUAAAGUCAAUAAGUCCACCAGAGAGACUGACAUCAUGGAGGAGAACGAGGAAGUGCAGAGAGACUGGAAAAAACUGGAGCCGAGUCUCGAGGUGAAGAUCUUCCUCACGGUGCUGUACAGCCUCAUCCUCGUCCUCGGGAUCCUGGGAAACAGCGUCACCAUCCGCGUGGCACAGGUGCUCCAGCGGAACGGAUACCUGCAGAAGAGCGUGACGUAUCACAUGCUGAGUCUGGCCUGCUCCGACCUGCUGGUGCUGUUGAUCGGGAUGCCUGUGGAGCUCUACAGCGCCAUCUGGUUCCCCUUCUCGUCCUCCUCCGGCGACGCCACCUGCAGGAUCUACAACUUCCUGUUCGAGGCCUGCAGCUACGCCACCGUCCUCAACAUCGCCUCGCUGAGCUUCGAGCGCUACCUGGCCAUCUGCCACCCGUUCCGCUAUAAAGCGCUGUCCGGCAGCCGCACCACGAAGCUGCUGCUGUCCGCCUGGAUCUGCUCGGCGCUCGUGGCCCUGCCGCUGCUCGUGGCCACAGGAACCGAGGGACACGUCCCCGAGGGCCGCCGGACGCCGGUGCAGAACCUCACCUUCUGCACCAACCUGAGCCAGCACUGGGUCAUGUACCGUACCAGCAUCUUCACAGCGUUCACGCUCUAUCUGCUCGUCCUGGGCGGCGUGGCCUUCAUGUGCAGAGCCAUGAUCGCUGUCCUCCGGGCCCCGAUGGGACCCAACGAAUCCGGUGCGAACGGAGCUGGACCCAAACACGAGAGCGCACGGCUGAAAGCGUCCCGCAAACAGACCAUCCUCUUCCUCGUGCUGAUCGUCUGCGCUCUGCUCGUGUGCUGGAUGCCAAAUCAGAUCCGCAGGCUGAUGACGGCGGCGGUGCCCAAGUCGGCGUGGACCGUGAGUUACCUGCGCAGCUACGUGAAGCUUAAUCCGGUGGCCGACAGCUUCUUCUACCUGAGCUCGGUGCUGAACCCGCUGCUGUAUAACCUGUCCUCGCGCCAGUUCCGCUCGGCGUUCCUGCAGACGCUCCUGUGCCGUCUGUCGCUGCAGCACGCUAACAGAAGAACGCUGGAGAGCAGCCUGGCCUCCAAGAGCUCCAGAAGCACCUCUCGACCCCUGCUGCGGCGAUCACUAGACCGCAUACGGAUGGUUAUCGGCGACAGAUCGACUCCUCCAUCGUCAGUAGAGAGACAAAACCCUCCGAACCCCACCGCUGACCCGCUGACCUCUGAACCACAGGAGGACGAGAUAAACCAACCUACUGCCCUGCCUAACACUAACUGAUGAACAAACCAGCAGGAGAAGACUAUAGACCACUAUAGACCACUGUAGACCACUGUAGACCACGACAGACUAUUUAAAUCCUACAUAUUAACUCAAGGGUUGUGCAGCAGGGAAUCUGUGAUAAAUCUGUUUGUGUCAACAUCACUGAUGACCGUCUGACAUUCAUUGCAUUUUAAUAAAGCACUAUUUACAGAAACCCUGUGAAGAAAAAACUGAGCAAACUGUGACCCUAAUGAAAUCAGAACAAACUCAGAACUAAAAUAUUAGUGAUGUCAAGGUUUUUUUUUUUUUACAGCUACUUGACUGUCAUUAGAGAAAGAAUAGAGCAGAGCCUAUCUGACCCAUGUUAACCAGCUAAAGUGAGGUGAGGACGCCCUCUGCUGAUGAACUGAAGAGUCUUAUAAGAGCUACUAUAACCUGAAAUACAGCAGGAACUCUCUCAGCUGGACACACAUGCCUUAAAGGGGUCAUAUGAUGUUGCUAAAAAGAACAUUAUUUGGUGUAAUGCAAUGUGUUUAUGUGGUUUAAGGUUCAAAAAACAUUAUUUUCCACAUGCUGUACAUUAUUGUUUCUCCUCUA